UUUGGCUCUCCCUCUCAAAAGUUGCUGAUGGGAGUUCUGCUCGACAGGGCUGGCCUGUGAGAUUCCACACUAGGAGAAGCUUCCCGCCGAUGGCUUUCCCACACCACUGAAUUUCACCAGCAUUUAUCCGAUAACCACUGCCUCCAGCCAUGAAGCGGGCCCGUUGAGAUGAAGCGGCAGGCCAGCGCCGAACUCUAUUGUCCGUCAUCUCUUCUUUCCCUCUGAUCCAGUGGCCAUACUCGCUAGCUUCCGAGUGACAUCGCCCUGUCGGAAACUGUAUCAUCACCCGCCAAGUUACCCCACACGCAGAAUGUCGCUGUGGAUAUGUUGCACUGUAGCAUCCACUUGUUAAAUUGAAGAAGCAAAUUCAGAGACUUCACUGUCGCUCCAUUCUCCUAUAUCCUAGCCGCUGCUACUUCUUACAGUAUCCGAGAUCUGUUGAUUUCUCUGCUCCUUGCUCCCGUAAUUCUACAGCUACAGAUUGAUUCCGAGAGCAGGGUUGUCCCUUAUGGCCUCAGCCCACGUGCCAGCUCCUACAUCUGUCCAGGGAGUCGGCCCUCUCUACAAGCCAGACGGGGAGAAACCAACUGCUACAGUUUCUCAAGAGGUUUCUUGUGAGAAUGUUCAUGUCCUGCCUCAGACCCCGCAGCUGAUUGCUCUGUUGACUAUGAUCCGGGAUGAGCGUACCGCACGUGCCGACUUCGUGUUCUACUCCAACCGUAUCAUCCGACUUUUGGUUGAGGAAGGCCUUAAUCACUUGCCCGUCGUCGAGCAGCCUGUCACAACACCCGUUGGCCGGACCUAUCUUGGCUUGAGGUUCCAGGGGAAGAUAUGCGGUGUAUCCAUCAUGCGCGCGGGAGAGGCCAUGGAGCAGGGCUUGCGUGACUGUUGCAGAUCUGUGCGCAUCGGCAAGAUAUUGAUCCAGCGGGACGAACAGACAUGGCAACCGAAACUCUUCUAUGAGAAACUACCUCAAGACAUUGCCGACCGAUGGGUUCUUCUUCUGGAUCCCAUGUUUGCUACUGGUGGCUCGGCCACCAUGGCUGUGGAGGUGCUGAAAGAAAAAGGGGUCCCCGAAAGCCGGAUUCUCUUUAUAAAUCUUAUUGCCAGUCCAUCUGCGGUAGAGUCCUUUGCUCGGAAAUUUCCCCAGCUGCGUGUUGUGACUGCAUUCAUUGAUCAGGGAUUGGACGAGAAGAGAUAUAUCAUACCAGGAUUGGGAGAUUUCGGCGACCGGUAUUACACGUUAUAA